GCGCUAGACUCGAAUGUCAUCGUUAUCUGAGGUGUCAAUUUUCAGGAAGAAUAUUUUUUUUUCAGAACCUGUUUGAUACUGCCUGAUCAGACGCUUUAAAUAAAGGAAACACCGGUGUCAGGUGAGAUGACAGAAGAGUGAGGACAUGGACAUCGUUUGGUUAUUUUACAAGGAAAUUCAUCAGAGACGGAAACAGAUGGAUCUGACAGCCUGCAGAAUCAAGAAGGAUAUCAAUGACAAAUGACCAGCCACUUUUUCAUAACACUGCAUAUCAAGAUUCGUUGUGUGUAAUACUCUGGACUUUGUCUUGGAACUCUGGACUGGAGAGCUCCUUCAUCUUACUUUUACAGCUUUGUGUCUUGAACAUAUACAGUUUAACACUGCAGUGGACACUGAAUCACCCUGACAUCUGUAUUUGAAAGUCUACAAAAUGAAAGGUCGUAGCAGAGCAUUUGCUGCUACACUAGUGAUUUGUUCAUGUCUUAUAUUUAUCUACUCAAACUUGAACCAGGAGGUGCCUGUUCCUCCCUGUGUCUUACCAAAUACUCCUGUGAGGUUUGUCUCUGGUCACCCAAGUGGCACACCUGUUAUAGUAGAUGGAAAAAUAAACAGAAGUCAACUUCCUCAUGUGAGGAUAUCCACAGUCCACCUUUCCCCUGCAUUUAGAAAUGAUAUUCCAAUGAGUAGUGCAUUCUGGAACAGAAAGUUUUACUCUGGUCUCAAAAAGUUGGAUAAGGCAGGAAAUCUCUUACAACCUGAGAUCAGCAGCAACGGUACACCACAGAGUACAGAAUACCUGCAAACAAACAUAGCAGAUUUCAAUAAAUACCCAUCCAUCCAUCAGGAUUUUUUGCGCAGCAUGCAUUUUCGCAGUCCUGAUAUUCUCAUCAAUCAGCCCAACAAGUGCACCUCUAAUGGCAAACCUGACAAUGUGACUCUUCUCUUUGCCAUUAAGUCUAGUGCACAGAAUUUUGCACAACGACAAACUAUUAGGCAGACUUGGGGGCAAGAAGGAUUUUAUGAAGAUGGUCUGCUGGUACGAACAGUUUUUAUCUUGGGCAACUCUUCCUCGGACGAUCCGGAUCUCGGAAAGCUCUUGUCCAUCGAAGCGCAGGAGUUUGGUGAUUUGCUUGUCUGGGACUUUAAGGAUACAUUUUUCAACCUCACUCUAAAGGAACAUGUAUUUUACAAAUGGUCCAUCCUACACUGUCCUCAGGUCUCCUUUAUUUUCAAGGGUGAUGAUGACAUUUUUGUUAAUACAAAAGCGCUUCUUAAAUACCUUAAGUCACUGCAGCCAGGCAAUAUGUCAAAACUGUAUCUUGGCCAAAUAAUAAUGCAAGCCUCCCCCCUGCGUGACCCUAAGAUAAAAUACUAUGUCCCACACUCCUUCUAUGAUGGACCCUAUCCACCCUAUGCUGGUGGUGGUGGCUUUGUCUUCUCUGGGGCUCUGCUAGAGUCCCUCUACAGUAUGACCUGGUACAUCCCUUUUUUUCCCAUCGAUGAUGUCUACACAGGGAUGUGUUUCCAAGCUCUUGGUAUAGCUCCAGAGAAACAUAAUGGGUUCAGGACCUUUGACAUCAUGGAGAAGGAUCGGGAGGAUCCAUGUGUGCACAAAGAUCUGCUUGUGGUGCAUCGGAAAAGUCCACAGCAAACUCUACGGUUGUGGCGGAAAUUAGAGAGCCCUCUCCUCACUUGCUAAAGCAAAUCCCUAUCCUAAACAUAUCAUGGGAACUUUACUAAAAUGGUGUAGAAUUCUUUCAGAAUUUAUGUUUUUUUAUUAUUAUUAUUAUUAUUAUUAUUAAAAAGGCCACAUCCUUUUUUGUGGAUAUUUGGAUAUUAAAAAAACUAAAUGUAAUGAUUAUAGGUCAAAUCAUUCUUUUCAUAUGGACUACAGUACAAUCCAGGCCAAGCUGUAGAGCCGGAGCUGAUUUUGACUGUUAAUGUGUGAGAUGUUUUUAUCAAGCAGAAUUAAACGUUUGCUAUGGAUCAGAGUUUUACCAAAGUCCUUUUAGGCAAGUCCCUCCACUCCGCGUCCAUAUUGCAAUGCUUUUUGGGCACUCAUCGGGCA